CUUUCUUGAUUUGCGCAUGCGCUGCUCGCACGUCUCUAACCCAUAUCUUAUCACCGAAUUUUACCGAAAGAAUCACUCAAAAAAUAAAGAUGUCUGACACUGAUUGGAACAAGAUGACUGUGGCCCAGUUGAAGGAGGCCUGUGUAUCAAGAAGCCUCCCUGUCACUGGAAAGAAAUCUGACUUGGUUUCAAGACUCGAGGAACAUUGUAAAGGUGCUGCUGAGGUCGAAGCAGAUGGAGAUUUGUUGGCUGAAACUGCUGGUGAGGAAGCUGCGGCUGAUGAACCAAUUGAUGACCAGAUUUUGAAUGAGGAGGAUACAAAUGGAGAUGCAGAAGUCAAGGAAGUACCUGCAGAAGAGGAAGAAAAAACAGAAGGUGCUGAGGAGGAAAUGGAAACAAAGGAAGAAACAGAAAUGGAGACGGAAACGGAAGCAGUAAAGGUAGAGGAGAAAAAGGACACCAAGAAGAUUACACUUCCAGAAGGAGUGCCAGAAUUACCAACAUACGCACAGAUACAAGAAGCACGUAUUGCCGAGACGCGGAUGCGCACAGUCAUUGUUUACCCGAUGAACAUCGAGGAUAUGUCAAGUGAGGGACUCCAAACCGAACUGUCAAAGUCGCAGCAUUUCAUGGUCAAAUUUGUGCAGGAUGUUGAAAAAAGGAAGAAGGGCUUUGUUGAGAUGCAUUUCAACACUCGCAAGGAUGCCCGUGAGGCUGCUUCUCAGUUGCGAGACAUAAAAUUAUCAGUGGGAGAGCACACCGUAAGGCAGCUAGAGCCCGACGAGGCAGGCACUGCCUACAAGUCUGCGGUCAUUGACACCAUCAAACCCCACUUGACACAUCAGAUCAAGAAGGCAACCGACGAUUAUGACACACGGGUUGUGUACGUUCACAACUUACCUGACAACUGCACGGAUGAGCAACUCGCUGAAAUAUUCCCAGAAGCCAAAGCAAUACUGACAUCAAUUGAUGCUGAUGAGAAAAAUAAGGGCUAUGCCUACCUGAGUUUUGAACAGGAGGAGGAAUCGGAAGAAUGCAUCAAGAAACACGAAGACCUGACGAUAGACGAGAAUAGGGUCACACUACACAUGAUUCGAGAUCUCAAGAUAGCUGCAGGUAUCGAGGCCAGGAAGCCAUUCAGACAGAGGGGCCGACAGGGAAUGAAGGGAAAGAAUAUGGGAGGCAAUAAUCAGGGCAAGGGCAAGAUGAUGAUGUCACCUGGAGGUGGACGAGGCCGGGGCCGGGGCGGUAUGUCGCCACGAGGAGGUGGUGGUCGUGGAGGAAGAGGGGGACGCGGAGGCAGAGGAGGAUGGGGUGGCCCAAUGGGAGGAAUGGGCGGUAUGGGAGGCAACUUUGGACAGAGAGGAGGAGGACACUUUGGAUCACCAAGAGGAGGGCAAGUACGCCCCUUGAUGGGUCCAGGCCCCAAUCAGCCAAGACCACUCAUGGGUGGCCAGGGUGGCCAACGUGGAUUCCAAAAUCAAGGGUAUGGUGGUGGCAGAUAUGGACAGCGUGGUGGUCAGCAGAACAGGCGGGGUGGUCGUGGUGGCGGGGGUGGUAACAAGAACCAACAGCUUGCCGGUGUACACUACAUUGACUUCCACAACCAGGGUGGCAACCGAAAGAGGAAGGCGGAGGGUGGAUAUGGUGGCGGUCAGCAAUAUUGGAAUAAGAUGCCACGACAGAUGGGUGGUGGUAACAUGGGUGGAUACCGAGGUGGCAAUUACAACCAAUGGUAGAAGCUCACGUUUGAGAAAGAAGAAAACCAAAACAGAGCCUCAGCGUUGAUCAAAUUCACCUAUGUUUCUAUGUUUACUUUUGUCACCAGUUCAAAGCAUUUGUAUUUAUUUCAUUGUAAAUAGUAGAAAAUAUGUUCUGUGUAACACCACUUCAUACUUCCUGUCCUAUCGUGGUGGGCAUACGUGUACCAAACCUAUUAAGAUAAAAAUCAUGAAUUAUAAACUCAUCGUAACUGAAAAGGCAAAAGGCAGCAAAUGUUAACUUGAAGAAUAUUUUUGGGGGCUUCUGUUUGUUUUGUUCACAGAAUUAUGCAGUCAGGAAAUGUUACUAAGAUUGGUCACAUAAAGGUCUUAAUUCCAGUAUGAUUGCAGAGGGUAUUAAAUGAAACCUUUUGAAUUAUGUACAGAACUGUUAAAUUGUCAUCUUUUCUACAAUCCAUUGGUGGAAGAUUGUUAUCAUGUGACCUUGCAUUCAUUGUUAGCCUGUGCUUCUAAUACUCUCCCACAAGUUUGUAUUAUUAUGGUAUUAUUUGUUGUGUAGACUAGCAAAUGGGCUGAUGGUGGCUGUUGUUAAAAAGAAUCAUCUUAAAAUACUGUAAAUUUUGUCUUCCCAUUUUGCCAGUUGUUACAAUGUGGUAAAAAGUAUAACAUUCAAACUUUCCUUUCAGCUUUCUUAAUGCAAUUUUCAUAAUGCAGUUUAAUUUCAUGCUGCUAAUAAAAUGUCAUGUGGUUUGUUAAAUCAGGCGCUAAUUUUUUGCUUUGCGUAUUGUGCAACUUAAUUUAGUUGUCCAGACACAUCAAAUUUUCAUCAUGUGCUUGGUGCAAUGUAAUUUCUUUUGUUUAAUAUCAUAUGAAGUACCAGUGGGGAAUGUUUGUAAUUCUAGUAUUGUCCAAUCAAUGCAGUGAUAAGUUGAAAAAAUGGUUGUCAAAACACGUAAUUGAAGAUUUUGAUUAUCAUCAUAAUGUUAAGUAAAAACCUAAACUUCAAACUCGGUGUUGCAUUUACAUAGUCAAUUUUCUUGAAUUUCAGAUGAAUUUUGUACCCGGUACCUAAUUCGUAACAUUUUGCUUGAUUUACUAUAAACGUCACCACAGUCUCUUUGUACAGCUGAGCUGGUCAUUUCAAUAUGUGUAACACUUCAUUUUUGAUUUGUUCAAUUUUUUCAAACAUGGUUUUCAAGUGAUGUUCAGUUCUCCUACCAAUGUUUUAUCCAUGUCCUCUUAGCAUAUAAUACUGGUGAGCAGGGAACACUUGAAAGGAUGGCGUGUACAAUAUCGACUUGUAAAUGUGUGUAGUGUGCAAACCUUUUUUACAAUAAAUGUAUCAAGACAUCUGA